AUGCCGGAUAAUUCUUCCCUCCAUACCAUUAAAGCACAUGCCACGACCGUCGUCGGCGCGGGUGGGGCCGUUUACGCUGCGGAUCAAUUGGUGAAAUGCUUUGAGGAUGACGACGAAUCGACCACUUCACAUCUGAUGAAAGCUAGUGUUGGAGCGGCUGUUGCAGUUGGCGCAUAUGAGAUGCUGAGCAAGGAUAAUAAGAGCCUCCCGGCAUAUCGGUCGCUCUUCAAGAAGAAGUACUCUCACCAUCAUCACCAUGAGGCCGAGAAAGCGACUUCCGAAGAAGAAGAGAGGUCCCGAUAUUCAGUUGAACACGAAAGAACCGAGAAACAACUUGUAAGACGAGAGCGCUCAUCAUCCCUGUCUUCAUCGGCGUCCUCAAGCUCAGCCGAGGAGGAGUCUGGACACAAACGUCGGCUUGCUGAGGAGUUGGUUGGGGCGUACAGCUUAGGAAAACAGCUUCUAGGGAGAUAA